ACCAGGUCCUGAUCUUUCCCUGUCUCUCUGUUUUUUGCCUACUGACAGAGAUAGCAGACAAAGUUUACAACCUGUACAAUGGCUACACCAGUGGGAAGGAGCAGCAGAUGGCCUACAACACACUGAUGGAGAUCUCUCCACCGCUGCUUUAUCGGGUCCAACACCACUAUAACUCACACUAUGAAAAGUUUGGAGACUUUGUUUGGCGUAGUGAGGAUGAGCUGGGCCCCAGAAAAGCAAACCUGAUACUUCGCCGGGUGGAGAAGUUAAGUCACUACUGUCGCUCCCUCCUGCGCAGCACCCACAUCCAGAGUCGCACCGACACCAUGGCGUAUGUCUUCUGUCGGAGCGAGGAGGGGCGACCUCCCAGUAACAUCUGGCACGGCUCGCUCCACGAAAGUCGCACCACCUGCAUGGAGAAGCUGAUCUCUGUACAGCGCAACACAUACAGCAACACCAAACUCCGAUGAAACAGAAGUUUGGAAAUGACUGCUGUGUCGUCUGAUGCCCUGGACAAAACCCCCACCCCCCGAUCCGCAGCGUCUCUCAGUUGACUGGUGCGUUUUGAAAACCAGAGAAAGAACCUCAGAACUCACUGGACAUCACGGUAAUGCUACCCAAAAAACAUAUUUUUGUGUGGCCUACUUUUAUUAUGGGACAAGAAAAAAAAAAAAAAAGAGGUUCAAUGCAAAUAUGCCAGUGAUUGCACAUAUCAAUGACGAACCACAGUGUGAACUUGUAAAUAAUUAUUUGGCCAAGAGAAACUGCUUGGCUUGAGUACUUUGAAUGUAUUAUUGUAGUUCCUUUCUGGUGCUUUAACGCUUAUUUGGAACAGAAGGAGAAAAAAAAAGGUGGAGAAUCAAUAGUGUAACUUAUUUGCCUUUACUACCUUUAUUUAAAAGGUGAACUUUAACGUGUUGAAGCCAUUUUUGAAAGUAAGUAAAAACAAAAGGACUUGUUUUCAUGUUCACACCACAGGACACAGUCUCUGACGAACUCUGUAGUGAAACAAUAGAUUUAAUAGACCGGGUUGAAAAUAUAAUGUUUUUUUGUGGAAACAGGUCUGAGGGGAAUGUGCAAAGAGAGUGUGGGUGGUUUUCAAACCUCAUACUUAUUCAUGGACUUAAAGUUCUGUCUAGGAAUCGUCAGAUGUCAUCUUCUCUUUCCUGUUUUUAGCACUAAAUCAUGCAAAAUACAUUAUAAUAAAUAUAGUGCAGUAAAUAAUUUAAUUCCACUGGUUUCCCCAGAAACACACACACUCACACACCUUGAAAUAUUACAGCUUUAAAUAAGAUGGUAGCGUUUACUGCACUCCUGAAUAAUAUAAUAUAAUCAGAAGGUACAACUAGAAGUGUGUAGUAAUUUAAGAACCGAAAUCAUUCAGUUACAACGUGUUGUGCUUAAUUUAAAAACAUAAUAAAAUGUAUUUAUUUUGGAAUAAAUACAUUCUUUAUUUUAAAGUUUUUUUAAAAAUUUAAUUUUUUAAAUAUUAAUUAAUAUUUAAAAAAUAAAUAGACAGUGUUACACUUCCUUAAAAAUUGAUGCAAAGAACUCUCCUUAAACAAAACAAAUUUAAAUGUAUUUUCUUCUGAACCCCCUUUGCAAACCUAUAGACAAUGCUACAAAAAUGGGAAAAAAAAUCAUUAACUGUAAGAAUUUAUUUUUUUUACUUUCAUUCACUAUUCAAUAAAUAUUACAUCUGUUUAUUGUAAGAAAAUAAUAAACAAACAAGCUACACCCCCACCUGAGGGGCAGAUUAGCUCGACAACAGGCGCAAACCACCAGGAAACACAGAGUAUGACUUUGUCGUGCAGCAGUUGCAGCUGUCAGACGAGGUGCGUUCAGGUACCAUCAGAAACUUGAGAAGCCGACGAUUACGUUAACGUGUUGUACAGUUCAGGAAAAAAUGGUUUUUAAAUAAUAAAAAAAUGUUUUUAUUAUUUUUCCUUCAAUUUUCCAAGGCCCCCUUUUGCGCCCCCAGUGGGCCACCACAGUCACUAAAAUAGAAAGAAUCACUGACUUUUACCUGUGACCUUUGUUUUCCAGGCCGGUGUCAUGUCAUUUAAAAAGCCAUGGAUGUUGUUUAAAUAAAAAUCAACAAUGCCUUUUUGUCUAAAUAUUUUCAUCUCAUAUUGUACCAAUUGUAAUAUUAAAUUAUGACAUUGUAAAUUUGUAAUUGUAAAAGAAUGGACACAGGUAUAAUGUGGCUUUGAUUGUGUUUUUUUUCUGAAGAAUGUAAAAUAUUAAAAACAUGUAAAUACGAACAGGAAGAAAAAAACACUUUUCUUUCAGCUCUGCGGUGGAAUUAUUGUAUAAAAAAAUGACAAAAUUAUUUAGGUUUGCACUUGAACAGCUGCGGGACAUUUAUCUGAACCUAUUCGAACAUCACAAAUUCCAAAACAAUUUGAAUUCCUCCACAAAUAUAAUUCAUUCCAAAAUUGUUUACCACAUCUGCAGAUUGUUUCCUUAUGUAUUUAUGAGUGAUUGUGUUGUCGUCCCAAUUUUCUUGAAUGUUGUUGAUGGUUUUCCACAUGGUGGAUUUUUCCUUGGUUCACGUUGCCCAUCGUUUUUGCUUUAAAACACACAGCUUUGCAGUUUGCAUUUUGAGUGAAAUCCUAAAUCCCAUAAUUACACAUUUGCUUAUUAAAUAAUAUUAAAGACAUGUUAAUAUUGUUACAAAGGCUUAAAGUGUCAGUGCUAGAAAGUUGGAUUUUCAGGCGUCGUAAAUCUGAAGAACUCAUCAUCAACUCAUUGUGGUGUGUUCACAUCAUAUCAGUAGAAACCAAAGAAUGUGAUGCUGUUGCCUCAAAGCAUUAACACAUGUCAGGACACCCACAAA